GAUGUCAUCGCGCAAGGCUUUGGAUUCUGGGAGCAGAAACGCACACAAAACACCAGCCAUUUUCAGUUUGCUGUGCUCAUCCUCUUUAACUUCAACACAAAGAUCUCGGAGGUGUCCGGUUGAAACGGACAGAAGUGAUGGACGAAGUGAAAGCCGGUGGUCGCGCGCUCGAGCGUUUGUUUUACUGAACCUGUCAGACACAUAUGCGCAUCAGACGCCCAUCAGCUGAUCAACACUGUGAUCCGUGGGAAUUGAUCUUUCUUUUACAUCUGAAAUUCAUCGCACUGGACUGAAUCGUGUGUCAGUCGUCAAUCCCAAACACAGAGUCAUAUUCUUCACGCGUCAGCUAACGUAACGUUACAGCAAGCCCAGAAGAAGAAGAAGCAACCUACACCGGCGUCCACAGACUAAACAAAGGUCAGUGCCGCAUCCCCCGGGUGAUGUCCACCAUGGUGUACCCGCGAGAGGAGGCCCUGGAGAGGCUGUCACAAGAUGAGAUUGUUCUGAACACCAAAGCGGUCAUGCAGGGUUUGGAGACCCUGCGUGGGGAACACGCCCAGCUCCUCAACUCCCUGCUAGACUGCGCCCAGCCACCCACCGCCCAGGAUAAAUCCACCCUGCUCCGAAAGAGUCUGGAGGACAUUGAGCUGGGACUGGGGGAGGCACAGGUCAUCAUUGCUCUGUCAGGGCACCUGAGUGCCGUGGAAUCCGAAAAGCAGAAGUUGCGUGCUCAGGUGCGACGCCUCUGUCAGGAGAACCAGUGGCUGAGGGACGAGCUGGCCAGUACCCAACAAAAGCUGCAGAAGAGCGAACAGAGCGUCGCCCAGCUGGAGGAGGAGAAGAAACACCUGGAGUUCAUGAACCAGAUCCGCAAGCUGGACGAGGACACCUCGCCCUCAGAGGAGAAGGCCAGAGAGAAGGAGAAGGACAAUCUGGACGAUCUCUUUCCCAAUGACGACGACCAGGGACCAGCUCAGCCCAGCGGGGAAGCGGCAGCACAGCAGGGAGGAUACGAAAUCCCGGCUCGCCUCCGGACUCUCCACAAUCUGGUGAUCCAGUAUGCCUCUCAGGGCCGCUACGAGGUGGCCGUGCCCCUCUGCAAGCAGGCCCUGGAGGAUCUGGAGAAAACCUCCGGACACGAUCACCCGGAUGUGGCCACCAUGCUCAACAUUCUCGCUCUUGUGUACAGGGAUCAGAAUAAGUACAAGGAGGCAGCUCACCUUCUGAAUGAUGCUUUGGCCAUAAGAGAGAAAACUCUGGGUAAAGAUCACCCCGCAGUGGCCGCCACGCUCAACAACCUCGCCGUGCUGUACGGCAAACGCGGGAAGCACAAGGAGGCCGAGCCGCUCUGCAAGAGAGCGCUGGAGAUCAGGGAGAAGGUCUUGGGUAAAUUCCACCCCGACGUGGCGAAGCAGCUGAAUAAUUUGGCGCUGUUGUGUCAGAAUCAAGGGAAGUAUGAGGAAGUGGAGUAUUAUUACCGCAGGGCCCUUGAGAUUUAUGAGAACAAACUGGGUGCCGACGACCCCAAUGUGGCCAAGACCAAAAACAACCUGGCAACGUGUUAUCUGAAGCAGGGCAAGUUUAAAGACGCAGAGACGCUUUACAAGGAGAUUCUAACCCGCGCACAUGAGAAGGAGUUUGGAUCGGUCAACAAUGACAACAAGCCAAUCUGGAUGCAUGCAGAGGAGCGAGAAGAGAGCAAGGGCAAGAGGAAGGACUCGGGCCCUUACGGAGAGUACGGCAGCUGGUACAAGGCCUGUAAAGUAGACAGCCCCACUGUUAACACCACGCUGAAGAGCCUGGGGGCGCUGUACCGCAGACAGGGCAAACUGGAGGCGGCGGAAACACUGGAGGAGUGCGCUUCUAAAACUCGCAAACAGGGCAUUGAUGCCAUUAAUCAGAGUAAAGUGGUGGAGUUGCUGAAGGAUGGGAGUUGUGGUGGAGGGGACAGGCGUCAGAGCAGGGAUGGGGUAAACGGCCCCGGUGGACCUCGAGGGGACUGUGAUGGCGAUGAGGCCGAGUGGAGCGGGGAUGGCAAUGGUGCCCUGCGCAGAAGCGGCUCCUUCGGAAAGAUUCGUGAAGCCCUGAGACGCAGCAGUGAGAUGCUGGUGAAGAAACUUCAGGGCAGCGGCCCACAGGAGCCACGCAACCCCGGGAUGAAGAGGGCAAGCUCUUUAAAUUUCCUCAACAAGAGUGUCGAAGAAACCUCACAGGAAUCUAACAGCGGUCUGUCAGAAUCCAGAGGACUGAGUGCUAGUAAUGUAGACCUGACCAGACGCAACUCUCUGAUCAGUUAGAAAACAUCAUUGGAAGUGGGAUGGGGCCAAUCGGAGAGAGUGUUUGCUACCAACUUGAAAUUAAAUAUCAUUAAAUUAUCCUUAUUAAAACCAUUUUCAUCAAAAAUAUUGUAAUGGCAAAAACGUCUUUAGUUUUACAUGGCUUGCAUCAUUUGAGCUAGGUCUAUCUGCUGUUCACAACACACGUGAACACGAUCACAAUGAAACGCAAAUAAAAAAGAGCAUGUUGCCACCUGCUUGGACAGAUUAUCUGCUCUAGAGACAUCUAUCUACUUGUGAAUUUGUCGUAGCAUGGCAUCAAAAAAUGCUAGCAUAGCUUAGCAUAAAAUCACGUUCUACAAUUUGUACAAAUCAUAUGUUUGCUUGGUUUGCCAUUCAGAACAAGAAUAGCUCAAAACAUUGUAUAUGUGGUUGAUGUGCAGACAAGGAAAUUGCUAGCUCCUACAAACAACACAUCGCAAUGUUUGAAUUGUGCGAAAAUCGUGAAUGCACUUAAGUGAAAAUAUGUAUGACUGGAAGACUCCUUUGAAAUUUGGAAGUAGUGACUGGUACAACUUUUUGCCUUCUGAGUUUUAUGUAUAUAUUGGUUUAAAUUAUUUAAGAUCUUUGUGUCUUAUGGGGAUUUUGUUUACACUAGAGAGCAGAUGGGAAUCGUGUCAUAAUGGAACCGUGAAGGAUUUUCCUUGAUAAUGUAUUCUUUGAGGUUUGGGAUUCUGGGAAUCUAGAUUAAUAGUUUGACGCAGAACUUUCGCAAAUGUCUGUUUAUUUCGUACAAUUUAGUACGGCCUGAUAAGGGGUUGAAAAUGGAUCCCUUGAUGGUAAAAAUAUAUAACUGGAAUAUUCCUUUAAUUUAAAAUGUGAAGUGAAUCAUUGUAUGUUCUUUUCCAGUCACCUGUAGAUCUUAAAACAGUCAAAACCUCUGUUUACUGUGAAUCAAUUCUUAAAUAUCUGUUAAAUGGUCCGAUUCUGUCAAGUGCUUAUCCAACAGGAACAACCAAUGUCAAAGCAUUCCUAUCGGAGAGCUUCUCUUGUUUGUACCUUUAUUUGACUUGUUUUAUUCAUUGAUAAAGAUGUGUAUGUGUUUGGUAUUGGGUUCAUUUGUAUGUCUUAAUUUGAAUUAUUUCCAUAUUCAUCAAAAAGGAAUGAAUAUUUGCAUCUGUUUAUGCACACAGAUGUUACUAGCUUUUGGAUCCAGCCAUGCAAAUGGACGUUUUCAACAAACAAAUGUCCGACUUAUUUCACAGUUAAGUCCAAAGAAAACAAAUAUUUACUUUUUUUGAGCUGAGAAAUAUGACAAGGACAUUUCUUAACUGUUUUCGUGAAAUUCACCCAAACAGAAUGUACCGCAGUUAAUAGAUGAUGGAUUGUGUUUGUCUUGAAAGUGUUGAAAGAUGGAAAAUAGUUUGAUCGGUUAGCAAAUAUUAGGAGAAAUGAAGAAGAAUGUUCAGAGAGAAAUACAAAUGGCACCAUUGAUUGUAAAAUAUUAACUGUACCACUCAGUCAUAACCACAAAACCCAUAUACUUGUGUAUGCUUCUCAUGUGACAGGUGUGUAGUUUCUGAAAACUGGUACAAAAAUCGAAUGUGAAUCCACCUUUUGCUGUAUUGUCACUCUUUAUUACCUACAAUGUGUGAUGCCUUUUUUUGCCACAUGUCCCUUAUAAAUGUGCGUCUCUUUAGAUUGUGCUGCAAAUACACAAGUUGCCCUUUUGGACUGAUCUUAGAACAGCACCCCUAUCCUAAUACUAAACUAGCAUUAUAAAAGAAACCUGUUUAGUUGGGUUUUGGAUUAACUGUACAGCAUCACGUCUACCAGACCUUGUAGAAUGUAGCCGUGCUGGCACUCUAUGGUUCAGUCUGAUGUAUUUCCUCAGAUAUGCAUUUCACUUGUAAAGGGGUCAAUGUCUUGUGUUUUAAUAAAAGGUUUGAAAUAAAUUCUGCUUU